AUGGCACCAAUCAAUCCAGCCAUUUCCCAAAUUACCCCAGCAACCACACUUACCUAUUUCCUCCUCCUCCUUGUCACCACCAACGCCACCAGCACCCCAAUUUUAUCUAUAGCCAACCUGACAGCCCUCCUUUCCUCCUUACCUGACCUCUCUUCCUUCACUUCCCUCCUCGCCUCCACACCCUUUCUAACCUCAGAAAUCUCCGACCGCUCUGCCCUCACACUAUUAGUCAUCCCAAAUUCUUACCUUUCCUCCUCUUUAGACCUCACGCGCCGCCUCUCUCCUUCUGCCCUCGCCGACCUACUUCGUUACCACAUCCUCCUCCAAUACCUCUCUUCCUCCGACCUCCACCAACUUCCCACAUCUGGGGCCCUCAUUACCACCCUCUUCCAAACCACCGGCCGCGCCUCCUCUAACUUUGGUUCUGUUAACAUCACUCGAAACCCAGUAACAAACGCAAUCACUAUCUCCUCUCCAUCCCCUUUUUCCUCCUCAAACGCCACGGUUUUGUCCUUGAUAAAGACUCUUCCUUACAAUGUUUCAAUAAUUUCAGUGAAUUCUCUAUUAGUCCCUUAUGGGUUUGAUUUGAUGGCAUCAGAAACAAGGCCUACAUUGAGUUUGAAUAUUACUAAAGCAUUACUUGAUGGCCACAAUUUUUUUGUAGCUGCUUCUUUAUUAUCUGCUUCUGGUGUUGUACAGGAAUUUGAGGCCGAUGAAGGAGGAGCUGGAAUAACACUUUUUGUGCCUACAGAUUCUGCAUUUUCAGAUCUGUCGGCCACUGAUGUUAGUUUACAGUCAUUGCCAGCUGAUAAGAAAGCUGAUGUCUUAAAAUUCCAUGUUUUACAUUCCUAUUACCCUUUAGGUUCUUUGGAGUCUAUUGUUAAUCCUGUGCAGCCUACAUUAGCUACUGAAGAUAUGGGUGCCGGGAGUUUUACGCUGAAUAUUUCGAGGGUUAACGGGUCGGUUGCGAUCGAUUCAGGGAUUGUUCAGGCGUCUGUUACGCAGACGGUUUUUGAUCAAAACCCUGUUGCAAUUUUUGGGGUUUCGAAAGUGCUUUUGCCUAAAGAGAUUUUUGGGAGGAAUCCUGUGUUUACUAGUAAGCCAGGGAAUCCUGAUACGCGGAAUGCACAGCCACCUUUUAUUGCUUUGUCUCCAGAGAGUUCGCCGAAAAUGCUGUCGUCUGCUCCAGGCGUUAGAGAAGAGAUUAAGUCUGGAGUUGGAGGGUUACAGUGGUUGAGUACUCUAUCUUUUCUUUCUGUUGUCGUUGUAUGGAGGAAUUUUAGCUUGCAAAACUGGCAGCCGUUGCCUUGUUUCGUUUGGGAGUUUCAAGUGACGGCUUAUGAUUUUACUGGGAGUGAGGAGAUUUCUUAUGAUCAGUUUAUGGAGCAAUUAGAGCUUCGAGUUGAGUGGAGACUACCUGGUUCUAGCUUUCCUACUGGUGGCUUUUGGAUGAGCUACAAACAGAUCAAUGGUCACAGGCACCAGGGAGUCCGGCUUCAAGUUCCUUACAUGCGAUGGCCAAGCAAGUUAAUGUCUUCUGAAUCUGAUGAGUGGAACAGAGGCCUGGGGUCAAGUAAAAGGGUUCGAAUACAUAAGUAUAGUAGGGCUAACUGCCAUGAAAGUGCUCUUCAAAAGGUUGUGGAGACAGGACAGUGUUCUCUUUCUGGUGGCGGUUAUGUGGGUCGAGGGACAGGGCCCUCUUUCAGGCAAGGCAGUUCCAUCCUAUCCCAGAAGGUCAUUGGUUUACUAAAGCAGUGGAGUGGGUUAGUGGUAUCGGACAAUAGGACUGGAACACAUUCUGCCAUUUGGUGCCUUUGUCUUCUGGACAAGAAGGACAAGUUCACAUUUUUUGACAAGGAUCAUUAUAAAUGGUUGUGUUCAAAGUUUAAAGGUGUCUGUGAUAAGGUGAUGGUCAAGGAUUGGUCUCUCUUUUUGGAAUCACAAGCUGGCAAGAUAUGGAGAUGGAUGAAUGAUUACAAUUCUUCUGCUGCUUGGCUUACUCAUAUGAGUUUGCUGAUUUUUAGAAAGAAAUCAAAAGAUUUGUAUUCAAAGAUUCAAGAACUUGAGAUUUCUCUCAAUUCUUGUUUGCAAAAAUGUGCUGCUGAGAGACAGGGGCGAAUUAGAGCCCAACAGGAUUUGAGAAAGUCCUUAGCACAACCCAAGUCUGAGAAUUUGGAGCAGACUUCUUAUCCCAUGGCCCCUAUUGGAGUUGUUCAGUCUUGCUUCUCUACCAGAAAUGGGACGCCAAGGCAACCUUUACUUGUACCUCUUGCUAGGGCUUGUUUAGUCUUUGACUCAGCUCGGGUUCCUCCAGCAUCCCUUGAAGGUCUUGUAGAAUAUUCUCAUUGCUGGGUUGUAUAUGUAUUUCAUUUGAACACAGAUUUGGAUAAGUUAUGGAAGGAACCAUCUAGAUCAAAGUUUAAGGCCAAGGUCAGAGUACCAAGAUUGAAAGGCAGAAAGAUGGGAGUCUUUGCUACAAGAUCUCCACAUCGCCCAUGCCCUAUUGGUCUCACUGUUGCAAAGGUGAAGGCUGUACGAGGAAACAUUGUUUUGCUCUCUGGUAUUGACCUAGUUGAUGGGACUCCAAUACUUGACAUCAAACCAUACCUUCCAUACUGCGACAGCAUCCAAGGGGCAGCAGUGCCAGAGUGGGUAAUGGAGGACAAUAUGUUAGCAGUAGCUUCUGUUAACUUUUCCGAGGGCUUCUCUUCCUCACUAUCUGAUUGUUGGGACACAGCAAAAAAGAAGUCGCUCUAUGCAUCACCAGAUGAACUUCAAUGCUUAAUCAAGCAGGUGCUUUCAUGGGAUAUUCGAUCAGUAUCACAACGAAAUCAGCAACAUGAUCUCCUUAUUAAGACUGGAAAUGGGGAAGCACCAUAUAGCACUCUUGAUUCAGACCACAACGAAGAUCAAGAAGCUUUGGACCAUGGAAACAACAAGGCUUGUAAUCCUUCUGGGGAUGUAACAUAUCACCUGAUUUUGGAAGGAAUGGAUGUGUCAUACAGAAUUGAUUUCCAUGGCAAUGUAAUUGUAGAGGGAGUUGGGGUUUCAUCUGACAUUAUAAAUGCUCCCGUUAUGUUCAUUAUUUCAAGCUGUGUAGAUACUAUUGUUGAUGACUUUGAUGCUCGGAAGAGCCCUAGACAAAAUUUCUUCUUCUCAUUUCAGCAGAAGCCAUAA